AUGUCCUUACAUGAACCACAGCCGACAUUCACUCUCUGGGUUUGUGAUGCUGGUACUUCUAUCUGCUCCUGCUUCUUCAAGUCUCUGGCACUCCCACAGAAGCAAACCAACAAACUGGCUGUUGAUGUCAAAACCUUCAACGAACCUUUUGUUCACAGGAAUGACUGUUGCUAUAAUUUAAGGGAAAAUGUACUGAAUGAUACAAUAGCUUCCAUGGAUUUGGCAAUAGCAAUCAUCUUCUCAUCACAGAUGAUAGUUGGAAUCCUGGGAAACUGUUCUCUUCUUUUCCAUUAUCUCUUCCAUUACCACAGUGAAGGGAGGUUGAGACCCACAGAUUUGAUUCUCAAGCAACUGAUUAUAGCCAACUCCCUAUCGAUGAUCUCAAAAGGAGUCCCCCAUACACUGAAUGCUUUCGGGCUGGAAUAUUUCUUCCAUAAUUUGGGAUGCAGACUUAUUUUGUAUGUUCAGAGAGUGGGCAGGGGGGCGUCCAUUAGCAGCAUCUGCCUCUUGAGUGUCUUCCAGACCAUCAUGAUCAGCCCCAUGAACUCCUGGUGGAAGGAUCUUAAAGUCAAAGCUCCAAAGUAUGUUGGUUUCUCCAUUACCCUCUGCUGGAUCACACACAUCAUGGUAAAUUUUAUCAUUCCUGUUUAUGGGUUGUAUGCGUCUGAGAAACAGAGCAGCAAAAACAUAACAAAGAAAAGGGAUUAUGGAUACUGUUCUAUUUCUGAUCCUGAGACAAUCACAGGGCCACUUUUUGUAGUACUGAUAAUAUUCCCUGAAGUUUCACUUUCUGGGCUGAUGAUCUGGGCCAGCGGCUCCAUGAUCUUCAUUCUGAACAAACACAAGCAGCGCAUCCAACACAUUCACAGCACUGUUUCCCCCAGAUCCUCUGCCGAGUCCAGAGCCAUCCAGAGCACCCUUGUCCUGGUGAGCACCUUUGUGUCUUUCUACUUCCUCUCCUCCAUCUUUCAUGUUGGCAUUGCUCUUAUUUAUAAUCCCACUCGGUGGUUAGUAAACACCUCUGCCCUAACUUCUAUGUGUUUUCCAACUUUCAGUCCCUUUCUGAUCAUGACACGAAACUCCACAGUACCCAGGCUCUGCUUUCCUCACAUAAGAAACACAAAAUCUCCUAACCUUAUCAAAAAAUCCAACAAAAACCUGAGACUCUUCCCAGGACAACUUGACCCACCAAUUCUCACUGGUGUGGCCAAAGACAAGAAGGAAGUAUCUGUGGUCUCAGCCCCUAAAGGCUGCUGGCUGAAUCUUUGCACUUCAAAUCCUGUCCGUACUGGAGAAAGCAGCCAGGGUGAGCACCUCACGCAGUAG